GAGAUCUCAUGGAUGAUCGAGGAUCUGGACGCCAUCGAACCGGCGCCGUUGGAGUCGCAGAGGACACCGACGAGGCUCUGCAGCUGCGAGGGGGUCGACGUUGUCAGUCGUCAAGAGCGCGGUCAGCUAUGGAAAUUUCGCAGCACCGAGGUGAGAUGGGGCACCAGCAGCUUCCUGUCGCCCGACGACGCGAUCCUGGAUCUGAGGAGGCGCACCAGCGAGACCACGGAGUUCCGCUGGGAGCUUCACACCUCCAGCACCGAUCUGGAUCUCGCCAGAAAGACGAAGUGCAGCUGCCACAGCCUGACCCCGGAGACGAAGAAGCCGGAGGGAACGCAACGCGGCGAUCUCAGAAAGCACCACAGCGCGGAAACGGACAAGUGGUCGGACAGACCGGAGAACCUGCUGAUGCCGAUACACGACCUAAGGAAGCACAGUAGCGAUGACACGAGAUUCGCGAGAGACGCAAAGUGGUUGCAAGUGCCGGACGUGAUGCCCAAUCCGAAGCCCAAGUGCACUUGUCCCAAGGUGAAGACUCCGCCACCGCCGACACCUAUGGAACAGAAGGUGCCGGUGGUAGAGCCGGAGAAACCGGUGCAGAAGGAAGAGAAAAGACUGUACUAUUCGAAAUCUCUGACGCCCGAUGAGUCAGCUAUACCGUGGGAAAAACCGGAGAUCAAAAGGCAAGUUAGCGAGGAUCCGAGAGCCGUCAGGAAGGAAAAGUCGAGAGAGCGACCGAAGCUGGAGCGCUCCGCUCAGGUGAGAAGCGAGAGUUCCAGAAGAUGGGGCUUCAAAGACAAGGAAAAGGAUAAGGAAAAGGAGAAGGUCGUCAGCCCAGCGGAGAGCAAGAAACCGUUACGAGCAAGAUGGGCGAUGAAACCGCACGUCUCCCUGCCCGCCGAGACAAAAAAGUCAUCGAAGUGGUACAGGAGUCAAGACGAGACGAAGAGCAAGAGUCUACGUGAACGGCCCAAAUACAGCAUACGCAGGAGCAUGUCACCGGAACCGGAUCCGCGACAGAUGACCAGGCUGGAGAACAGGAUCGUUCGGCGUUUGAUCUCACCGGAAAUCAGCAUUACGAGCACCAAGUGGGCGCCCUACGAGGAUUCGUCGCCGUUACCGACCAUCGGGAUAAAGAAGCGCGAGCAAAAGCACAUCAGCGAGAUCAAGUGGACGCCGUAUGACGAGUCGCCGAGCGACAUCCCGGUCGAGAUGAUUGACGACAAGAAAUGGUCACCUUUCCAGAACGUCACUCCCACACAUUGUCCGCCGCCGGUGGCGGCUACUCCCGCCAAGAGCGACGACGAGGACUUCCGAUGGCGGAUUCUUAAUCAGGUCGCGCCGUUUCCGCUCUACCAGGGCGGCUGGAAGGACGAGUCGCCGGAGAAGACGCCGCCGAAGAGGAUCGCCACGCCAGAAGAGAUAAUGGGGACACCGGUCUGGUCGCCGAUGGUCCCUACCACGCCAACCGGCAAGCGGAAGAGCAUCGCGCAGCCCCAGGAUCAAUCGCCGGAGUACUCACCGACGGCGCGCAGACCCAGCAAGCCCCGGCUCACCCGCAAAGGUGCAUUCAGAGCGAAAACGUCGAUUCCCACUACCAAUCCGCUGGAAGACAGACUGCCCCAGGCCGGGCCACCGCCGAAGAUUACGCCGCCACCGACGGUGGUGGUGCGCGCCGCUAGCGAAGACUCUAAACGGCAGAGGCCCCUGCUAACCAGGUCCAAAGCCUUGCUGGAGGUGCCGCACAUAGACGCGACGAAGAGAUCGCUGAGCGAGGAGGGACCGCGAAUACGUCCCCGCGAGCGCCCUAAAGUACCCACAAGAACUCGCAGCGAGGAGGUAUCCAAGUACGACGAUCCCUGGUUCAGAUCCGAGUCGCCCGAGAUGCGCGAGUACGUCACGACGGUGUGACGAUAGCUUCCAGGAACCAUCGCCGACGGCAUUGGUCUCCAUAUUUUGUAACCGACGCGCUUAACUAAAGGCAGCUCAGCAUCGUGCGAGAUCGCACGUGUAAAACGAAGAUCGUGUUGUACAGCUUAUAUACGCGAGAGGAAUUAUUAUUUUCUAAUACAUCCAUACUAUUAUCGUGGUUUUAUAAAGUUACCAAAUAAAAAAAAUAAAAUCGAACUGAUAUAGAGCAAGACGACGACCGUUGAAAGAGAAGCUAUUCGAAGAAAGAGGCGUCCGAAGGAGUACGCUUGACUGUUCCCUCGCAAGGGCCUCACGAAGAGUACCACAUCUUCGAAACCACCUAAAAGACGAGACGGCGGGCCGGGGAACGAAAAAAUAAACAAGGAUCUGGAAACGACGAAGGGCAAGAAGAGAUAAGAGCUUCUAAUACACGAUCGUCCGCGCGAUGGACGCUGUGAAAACUUCGUUGGCCUACACGAAGACUACGAUGGAAAAUAUCGAAGGGAGAGGAAGCUGGAAAAAAUCAUACUGACGAAUCGACGAUCAUUUCCAUGAGAGAAAGAGAGAGGAGCUAGAGGAACCGGACGGGAGUCGAGGGGUCAAGGGACUGACUAUUAUUUAAAUAGCGUAAUAUAUACAUGUGAGUUUUCUCGUCGCGCUCGUUGAGGAGAAGGCAUUCAUUCCUCCUCUCGUGUGCGAUGAGCCUGAAUGUUUCUCAGCUCAAGACGACAUGCAAACGAUCGCGCUCGCGACCGGGGGACGUCGCGAACUUUAAGGCGGAACGAAGGGGGGAGGGGGGGGGGGAAAGAAAAAUUUGCGUCGCCCGGUGUGCGAGACGACAGUUCAAUUGUAGCGCGUUGAUUGAUAGCCUCUAACGUAAUUAGUAAUAUAAUAUUAACGAUUAAAGUAUCGACUAGUAGGAAUAAUAACGAUGACGUGAGUCUGUAGCGCGAUUAAAAGAGAGAGAAAGAGAUGCGUCCGCGAUUGGAGCGAGAGAGAUCCGCUCGAUCUCUCGCGGAUGGAUCGCGCGCUCGAGAUGCUAAGUAUAAAUUGAUGUAUGUACAUGCCGCGUACAUAUAUACGUUAAUUAAAUGUAAAACAUUUGUAACGUUCGCGAGUCGAUGCGGCUAUAUGCAAGAGAGGGGGAGAAGAGAAGGAAAAAUCGCAAGGAUGAUGCGCGUUUCGAGGGCGCAUCGUCGCGAUGUGAAAAGCGAUCGAAAUUGCCUCGUUCCAGGGGCAAAUCUUGAUUCUCGAGCUUGAUUCUCUUGGAUCCGCUCUCGAUCGAGAGUGCCACGAUGCUCGGUACGAAGUCAUCGACUCUCUUUGUUAUCUUCGUUCUCACCUUCCUUGCGUUCUCUUUAUAUACGUGAUAUCAGCGAGAUCGUCGAACGCGACUGAUCGAUCGAUUUCGUUCGUACGGACGACAAUCCCGUGCCCGUGAAUCGUGAUUAGAGGAAAAAAAUUGGGAGCGCGUACAUAAAGAAAAUAUGUAUGCGCCCCGUGUGUGCCGGUGCGUGCAAUAUUAAUUAAGGACAGGUCGGUGGACAGCCCGCGUACGAAUAAAUAGGGGUACUUAAGGUGGGGUAGAAAGCUAUAUAGAUUUUAGGUAUGUCCGUGGGGACGGCUUGCGAGUCACUCAAUCAUUUCUCCCAUUUUUUUUUCUUUUUCUUUCCUUUUUUUUUUUAUCGACUCGCCACGUCGCCGCUCGCGCGAAGAUGUGUUCGUCGCCCCCUCUUGGACUGGGGGAGAGGGAGGUGGGCGAAAGGGGGAUGUCCCGCACGAAUCUACCCCUCGUGAUCUUUUCUAUAUCGCGUAUCUCAAGAACGACGAGAACUCGACUCGUGAUUACUGCAUACGGGGUGUUCUUUCGCUUAGCAUCCCUUAUUAAGGCAUUCGAGCGACGACGCUCAUCAGUUGGCUUCUCGUCGGCGGAUACAUACAAUCUCAUGUCGUCCGAACUUAGAUCGCCCUUAGAAUAUAAAUAGGACAUAAUUUUAUUAUUUUUUUUUAUUUUUUUUUUUUUAGGAUAACACCGUAAUUAGUGCUACGGGAUAAAUCGCUCAUCCGAUAAAUUCAUGCGCGGAAUUUCGUACUUCACUCAUUUUCUCUCUCUCUCUCUCCCUCUCUCUCUCUGUCUCUCUCUGAGAGCUCCCUUUCGUUUCCUUCUACCUUCAUUGAUCUCUAUAAUCGAGCCACCGAUCGAUGAACGAUUAGUGAUAUUACGACUAGCGAUAGAAGUUAACUUGAGUAUCCGUAGCGAAGUAUAUCCGAAGAGAGGCCGUUUACGUCGUUCGUUUAUGUCUGCAUUCCGUUCGGAUUCCUUGUGAGCGUCACGAGAUCGAGCGCGAUCGUCCGCGAACGUGCGUUUUUCUUAAAUGUAAAGGAGAAGAAGAGAGGGAAAAAAAAAUCUCUCUCUCGAGCGGAGAUAGCAGGAACAAAGUGUCAAAAGAAAAUUCAAAGAUCGCGCGGCUCGUUUUGACGAGACGGGGUAACGCCACCCUCUUUAGACGACGGGGCUUAAGACUGAUCCGCCCUCGCGAUUUAUCCGGACGCGGAAAACUUCGUGGAAAAACGCACAUGGGAGUUGUCAAGCGGGAAGGGGAAACGCGGUGCAUUCGAGCGAACGCGCGGGCUCGUCCCGCAAAGGGAUGAGCGGGAAUUAUAUUACACACACACACACACACAUACAAACGUACAUGCAUUAUGCGCUACAUAGCCAUUCGUUUCUCCACGAAAAUUACAUAUACAUAUAUAAAUAUAUAUAUAUAUAUAUACAUAAAAAUAUAGUUUUCUCCCUCGUAGUGCGUACACAUAGCGGUUUAUUACGAGCGCGCGCGUACCACUGUAUGAUAUUAUAUAUAGCGUAAGAAAAAAAAAAAACGCGCGCGCGAGAUACUGUAUCGAGGAUAGGGGACAAGCGAUGCUCACGAGAGAUUCGCCGCGUUUCAUUCAGGGGCUCCGGAUGAUUUUUGGGCGUCGCCCGGAUGAAGAGUGAUAACGUGUGACUGACUCUCGUACGCGCGUUCGUUCGAAUAGUAUAAUAUAAAGCGAGAGAUGACUCUAUAUAGGGUUUCACGUUUCGUGGACGCUACUACAGUAUAAGAACAAAUUGUGUAUCCGUGCUGCCAUUAGCGUUAAAGCGGGAAACGGAAGUGUGCAGUGAGGUAUGAGGACAAGCCAAAGUAUAUAGUUAAAAUACACACACGAAUUUAUGUCUACGAAGAGACGACACACAUAUAUACGUAUAGAGAGAAAGGAAGAGAGAGAGAGAGAAAAUGUGUGUGUGUGUGUGUGUAAGAAAAAACACGAGAAAGAGAGAGGGAGAGAAUGGUUUACACACAAGCGCACGCAUAUACCUUACGCUUAGUUGCGUAAAUCCGUGUAUACAUAAAGAAAAUGGGGCGAGUGAGAGAGAGAGAGAGAGAGAAAAGAUUUUACAAAUGUCUUUUUCUUAUUUCGACAGAGUAAGCAAUAGAGAGGGGGAUGAUAAAGGAUUCGAUUAAUUAAAUUGCGAUUUUUGUAUUCGCACAAUCACACGAUAUUUUCUAUCGAGAGCUAUUUUUCAAACAAUCUUCUCUGAUACGGAAUUAAAUGAAAGAAUCGUCAUUGACGAAUAGAUUUUACUGUCGAGACGAAUUAAGGAAUUAAAUUAACGGACAACAAAAUCACAUUCGCUCGUUUUAUAUUUUCCUCGAGCUUAUAUACGGAGUUUCGCGAUUAAGUAUCAAUGCACACAUCAAUCGAAUAAGUAUUCUGGAUCCAGGAGUGAAUUCCGUUUCCGCGACAAGUGAGUAAAUAAGUUUAGGGACCUUCGUGUUGAGUAAUUAGCAAUCCCUCAUCCUGUGUAUAUCGUAUUAAUCAAGAGCCAUUCAUCACGGACGUUCAUCAUGAGCAGUACGUGCGUAUUUUAGCGGUAUAAAAGACACACACACACACACACACACACGCAUACACACACACAAAAGGAAACCUAUUAAGACGAAUUAUCUAUAUGAGCGAAUCUUGGUUCAUUAUAGAGUAUGCAGUAUGUAUAUUGUAUUUCGAAAUAUAAUGUGAUCGAAUCUGUUGUCUGA